AUGAAUAAAUCUGAAAGUGGUAUGCCCUCACCCGUUGAUGCGACGAAACUGAGUGAGCAUGAAAGCAAAGAUACUUCCCGCUACGCCUCUUCCUCAGAGCCCUUCGGGAAAGAUGGGUUUAGGAUACAUUUAUAUUCACCCAAUAUGCAAAUGGAACUGCUAACACUCGGUGCCUCCAUCAACUCCGUAAAGGUACGCGAUUCGUCAAAGCCGUUGGGUACCCCGGGGGAUUGGGUGGAGACGUGUUUAGGCUUUAAUGACCCUGCAGAAUGUAUGGAGGCCGGAGCACCGAUCGGCUCCACACACGGACGGUGUGCUGGACGCAUUGCAAACGGUACUUUUGUUCUCGAUAGCAAAACUUACCAACUCGCCACGAAUUCCGGCCUGCAUACCCUCCACGGUGGGCCCUGCGGCUUCAACACCCUUCAGUGGAAGUACAUUUUAACAGAAGGCGAGGAGGAAAUUGGAGUCUCCUUCAAUCUCACUUCCCCACAUUUCGACCAAGGCUUCCCUGGUGAGCUCUUUGUCUCGGCGACUUAUGCGAUCCUCAAGAACACCACCUAUCCCACGCUAAAGUACACCCUGCUCGCCAAUCUCUCCGAAAAGACCCCGGCGGAUGCCACCGUGGUGAACUUGACCAAUCACACCUAUUGGAACCUCAACGACGUCCCACGCCCUCAGGCCCCAACCGGCAUCGCCCCGCUGCCAAAACCCAUCUUAAAUCACUCGCUGAAGCUGAACGCCAAAUAUUUCGCGGAAGUCGACCACGAGCUCAUCCCGAACGGGGCCAUGGUGCCCAUGGAGGGAACGCCCCAUGACUACACCCAACUUCGCCCGAUCCAAAAAGGAAUGGAGGCGACGAAAGCGAGGUCCGAGAAGUGGGGCUACGACGAUCCAAUUGCCCUCGACGUCUGGGACUCGACGCUGCGGGAGGCGGCCGUUGUUUACAGCCCCCUCACUCGUCUACAGAUGCGUGUCUUAACCACAAACCCGGUCUUGCUAUUGUACACCGCAAAUUAUCUGCCCGAAAAGGCGAAUGGUGAACAUAAAAAUCGGUUUCAACAACACAGUGGGAUUUGUUUAGAGUGCCAAUACUUCCCCAACUCUCCAAAUGUCGAAAGCUUUCCAUCGACAACACUAAAAAAAGGCGAAAAAUAUUCCGAAACUACCAUGCACGAGUUCCAGUUCUUAGGAAGUCCAUACAAGUCAGAAAAUGCCUAG